CGGAGGCAGAGGUGUCCAACUCCGAGUCCAGUUUUCAACACCAUAAUUUCACCUUUAACUCUGAAACGACGCGUUUUUUGGACAUUUAAGCAGCUGUGAACUCUGCCUGAUUAUCGUUUUGGUGAUUUGCAGUGCUACAGCUGAAUGACCCUGGAAGUUUCCUCCUGGGAGUGAGAUGGAGAAUAGCUCUCAUACACUGCCACCCUUGACACCGUGUCCCACCACUUAUGGAGGGUCCCUGCCUUUCUCCUCCUCGCCGCAGCAGACCUGCUCAAAUGGCCGUGUUUCACUCCCACUCUCACCUAUUUCAUUCCCCCCAUCCCCUUCCUCACUUUCUCCAGCAACAGCAGAGUCUGUUCACUCAUCCUCACCUCUGUCGCACUGCACAGCAUCUCAGUGCCUCGAAGGACAAAACAUACAGUGCCUCAGCCCAGGAAACGUAUCUGACCAGGAUGACCUGACCUGCCUCAACUGGCUGCAUCAGAGGAGCAACCUGCUACCUCUGCAGCCCCUUCCCAAAAUGACAGCACUGCCUCAGCUAGAGUCCUCCACACCAACCCAACCUCCUUCUACUGCCUCGUCCAAGCCACCAUACUCCUUCAGUAGUCUGAUUUUCAUGGCUAUAGAAGACUCACCUGACAGGAGGCUUCCAGUGAAGGACAUCUACGACUGGAUUGUGAACAAUUUCCCUUACUACAGGACAGCUGCUGGAGGCUGGAGGAACUCUGUCAGACACAACCUGUCCCUGAGCAAGAGCUUCCGUCGCAUUCAGAGGGACAAGAGCCAGUCAGUGGGGAAGGGAUCGCUGUGGUGUGUGUGUCCAGAGUAUCGGCCUGCGCUCCUUGAAGUGCUGAGGAAGACCCACAGCUAUCACAGCAACAACAUCCAUCUGUUAAACAAGCCCGCACUGUUGGAAGGAGCUGAGUUUGGGGUGCCUGCAGUGUGCGACUCUAUGGAAAUCUCAGAUCCUCUUUCUCACACCCUCCUCCUUUCCACGCCCUCACCCCAAAUCCUGAACACCGACAACCCAACUUUCUCUGAAAGCCCUCCGUGCCCCUUGACCCCGGAUCACGAGGAGCUUGUCACCAUGGAGUCGGUUGACUACCAGCAGGAGGAGGUUAGCAAGGAGAUGGAGAAGGACCCCCUGUCAGACAGCGGGUACAUCGAGUUACACUAUUACCAGUCUCACCAGUACCAGUACCUGGUGCUGCCGGGUGACACCGAGCUGGACCUGGAGACUGUGGAGAUCCUUCAGCUGGAUGCCGAGGCCCAGGAGGCUGCUGGGUCACUGCUGGACCUGGCAGGUGGUGGAUAUUAGUGUUACAUCUCAUCUAACAAUCACACCUGAUGCAAUGCUUCAAUAUAUUGAAAGCAAAUGAGGAAAUGAGAAAAAAUAAGGAUUAUGUUUUGUAGUCUUAAAGGUGCAGUGUGUAGGAUUUAGGGGGAUAUACUGGUAGAAAUGGAAUAUGACAAGUAUGUUUUCUUUAGUGUAUCAUCACCUGAAAUGAAUCCUUGUCCACAUAGAUCACCAUUUGGCACCACCAUGUUUCUACAGUAGCCCAGAUGGUACAAACCAAACACUGGCUCUAGAUAGGGCCAUUCAUGUUUUUGCGUCAGCGACCAUACUUAGCCCCUCUGCAAUGAGGGCAUCAGAAAAACACUGAUUUUUUUAACGUGAAACUGCUUCAUUCGGUGUUCUUACUGGUUUAA